AUGGCUUGCGUGACAACCGCCCAGACCUGCGACAACGGUCUCGCGGGUGUCUCCAAUGGCGAUUACUGCUGCACGCUAGGGUGUGGGACGUGCGGAGGUCCGGGCUGCUCUACCAGAGCUGAGGGCUUGGAUGGCAACGAUUGCUGUACUGCGAACAUCGCUCAGAACGGGAUCUUGUGCGCGGAAUCAGGCGCUGCGCCUUGCAUCGGCGACGUCGAAGAUGACGUGCCCACCGAAACAGAGACCAUGGAUCCGUCUUACCUCGGGUGCUACUCUGACCCGGCCGACAGCCGCAUGUUCGUACAGGAUAUCUCCUCUGACGCAAUGACCGCGGAGUGCUGGUGCGGCGCUGAAGGCGCUGACUACGAUGCCAACGGCGAGGGCGUCUGCGACACGCCGUGCGGCGGCAACGACGACGAGAUCUGCGGAGGUUUUUACGCCAUGUCGGUCUACGAGAACGCGAAAAUCGACGAUCCCUCCUACCUCGGGUGCUACUCUGACCCGGCCGACAGCCGCAUGUUCGUGCAGGAUAUCUCCUCUGACGCAAUGACCGCGGAGGUGAGCAACCGACCGGGUUGUUUUCGAAGGCUGCUGUGUGGUAUAGCGAGUGCCUCUCAUUUGAAUCUCGGUUCGUGUUUCUCGCGACUAUGUUUUGUUAUGUUUUACUUGGUUUGGUUAGAGGCCUGCGCCGGCUCGGCAUACUACGGAACGCAGUACUCGGUUGAGUGCUGGUGUGGCGCCGAAGGCGCUGACUACGAUGCCAACGGCGAAGGCAUCUGCGACAUUCCCUGCAGCGGCGACGUCAACGAGAUCUGCGGAGGAUUCUACGCCAUGUCGGUCUACGAGAACGCGGACGACGGAGUACCCAACGAGUUCUCGUGCUCCGGCGACGCCGGAGUGUCGUUCGGCACGUCCUGCUGCGAAGCCGACUGCGGUACUUGCGGAGGCACGGGUUGCAGCAUGCGCGGCUCCGGCGCCGCUUCGUGCUGCACCUCGAGCAUCCAGGCCGCCGGCACCCUUUGCUCCGACUCCGGGGCCGCCCCGUGCAUCCUUUAAGUGUCUGCGCUCGCUGCUAGAUGUUUCGCCGCGUUACGCACAUCUCGCCCGUCACGCGUUGCCGACCAACAAGGCGAUGGUAUCGCUUUUUCUGCACGACAAUCGGUGUCGUUUCAAGCCCUCUUUUAAGACAGGUUAGAUUGGGCUAAUUCGAUCAAUAUCCUUCAGUAGAGGUUUCGAUGGACUUACCCACAAACAACGUGUGGGUUACAGUCGGGUUAGGGUUAUUGACCCGGGACUUGUACUGAUAGCUUGUAUGGAAUAGCGACGAGAGACUGCCAACAUGUACCUGGGUGACGGAACGUUCGCAGAGCAAGGGCAUUUAGAGAGAGAGCCCCGAAGGCACGGAAGAGUAGGAGGGGAGAUCGCUAGGCAGGGAAAUAACUAUACGCCGCCACGAUAGAGGUAUCCUAUGUAUGUGGUAGUAUGCAUAUUGUCGUGGGCUCAGCAAAUCCGGUCUGAGCCGCCGCUUGGUUUUGCGUAUGAUAGUCAACGCGAAACGCCGCCGGGGACCUCAGCUCAGCAAAACAUGCCGUCUAAAUCGUUCGUUUGUGUUUGCCUAGCCCAGUCGACAAAGUUGCUCUCAACAGACUCUGACGAGAGGCCUGUUCGGUUUCAUGAAUCUCUUGCAUCUUGUGUCCAUUCGCCGGAAAGCACACACCUUGAAAGGCUUGCUCCGUUGUUUCCAGCCGCAACGGAGUUGUCUGAAAAAAUUUCGUUAGUGGAGGAUUGUUGUGCGGUCUGCGUUGUUUUGGGGGACACGCAGGGUAGCCACGGUAGACGCGACUACAAGCUACCGUAGCCAUACUGGAUGGAAGGAACGCCAUGCGAAUCGUUUCUGCCGGAUCAUGAAGAAAGUUGUCGGUUAGAAGUAGAACUUGACGCAAUGACGACAUCCAUCGUGCACCAAGAGAUGGAUUUGUACUGUAGUAAUCGCAUCUUGAUGACACGAGAGGGUGCCAUCCUCCUGUGCGCACCGCAUAAAUGAUGGACGCGAUGAUUCACGGGGGUUGUUAUGGUGAUCGGGGAUUCUAUAAUGUAUUCGGGUUGGACUAGUCCGCACUCUGGUUUGACGCUCGAAUUUUUUUGGAAUAUUCAGACGUUUGCUUAGAAAGGGUUGUUCCGGC